AUGGCUUUGCCUGUACAAAGUGUCUUACUUCUUUGUACAUUCUGUUUUAUUUUCGCUGAUGCUGUGAAAUGGUGCUAUGAUAAAUCUAAUACCAACCCAUGCGGAUCUCUUCCAAAGGACAGCGGUAUUGAAUGUGUGCCAGCCCACAACAUCUUUCGUUGCAUGGAAUUAGUGAAAGCUGGAAAUGCUGAUGUCCUUUUAGUUACUGAUACACAACUUUAUCCAGCAGGCAAAAUUGGCCUCAAACCAUUACUUCAAAUUGUUCAUAACAAUACUGGUGAUUAUCGUUACAAAGCUGUUGCAGUUGUAAAAGCAAAUGGAAAGAUUAAAAAAUUGUCUGAUUUGAAGAAUGCUAAAUCUUGUCAUACUGGUGCAGGAAAAACCACUGGUUGGACAACACCUGUUUCAAAUCUUAUUGAGAUGAAAAUCAUUUCACCUUUGAAAGACUGUUACAGUUCAACAGAAAAUGUUGGAGACUUUUUCUCAGAAAGUUGUGUUCCUGGGGCAAUGGGAAAACGUUAUGAUCCAUUAAAACGUAACCCACCCCGGCUGUGUGGUCUUUGUCAUGACAAGACUGACUCCUGUUCGCCAACAGAUAAAUAUGCUGGCUAUGAAGGUGCAAAAAAAUGUUUGGAAUCAACUGAGGCUGAUAUUGCUUUUGUUAAACAUGAAACUAUGUUAAACUCUGACAAGUCAAAGUACAAGCUUUUGUGUCCUGACGGCAAGUUAAUGGAACUUGAUCAGUACCACGAUUGUAACUGGGCAGUUCGUCCAAGUGACACAAUUGUUGUUUCACCUAAAGUUUCUGACACAGCUUCAAUAUCUAACAAUUUAAAAAGUAAGUUGGCUAGUUUGAUACGUGUUUUCAACUGGACAAAUGUUAAAGAAUUAAAGGAUACAGGAGAUAAGGAUUACUCGAAAAUCAUGGGUGAAGGAUUUAAAAAUACUUUUGAACAUUACCAUAAUUGCAAAGAGAAUUUAAGGUGGUGUGUUAUCAGUGAUGAUGAACUAAAAAAAUGUACUGACCUGAAAUUGGCCUUCAUGGCUAAGCGAGCGACUAAUAAACUUGAAUGUGUAAAAGUUAAAGACUCGUAUGAUUGUAUGACUGCAAUUGAACAAAAUAAGGCUGAUUUUGUGGUUCUUGAUGGUGGAGACAUUAGUACAGCAAUAAAUAACUGUAAACUUGAACCUGUUAUUGCUGAAGACUAUGGAAUAGAAACUGCUUCCUAUUUUGCUGUGGCAGUUAUAAAAAAAGAUGCUGACUUUAACAUCAAGCAACUGAAAAGUAAAAAAUCCUGUCAUACUGGAAUUGGAAAGACUUCUGGAUGGAAAGCUCCCAUUAGUUACCUUAUAAAGAAUAACAUGCUUCCAAAAGGAAACUCUAUUCCUGAAGAGGUUGGUAAAUUCUUUUCUGCCAGCUGUGUCCCAGGAGCUCUAGACAAAAAGUACAACCCACAGGGCCAAAAUCCAGAGAGCCUAUGUGCACUUUGUCCCAAUAAUGCCUUGAUAAGCAAACUUAUUGAUGAUGUGCUUUCAGCAGUUGAUGACCAAUUGAUUUCUCAGUUAUCAAACUCAGCUGAUGUAGCAGAGGCAGAUGAGGGAGAGAUUGCUUUCAGCAUGGAAGAGAAGUUUGCCUCUGUGGUGAAUGAAGCCAGGAGCAGUAUGUCUAAUGUACAUCAAGAUAAUACCCAUGAUGUGGUGCAAGGAUAUUUGCCUGAGAAACUAGAACUGUCUGAUGUGGAUGAAAUAAAUGAUUUGUAUAAAGAACUCCAAGUGCAUGAGAUCAAUACUGAAGACAUUGGCAAAUCUUUGGGCCUUAUGAAGCUGCAGAGAGUACUCUGA